ACAUGAUGUAACGUCGCUAGCUAGCGAGCUAACGCGUUAGCUUCGGUUGUCACAGCCGCUGUCAGGGAGCCACGCUCGGACGGAGCCGCCUGCUCUGACUAACAAGUAGCCGCAGAGUCGCCAAGUCUCCGGGCAUUGGAGGAAGGGACUUGUCUUCUUUCCUACUCACCCUCUUCAAGAUAUCGAGUCAUUCAACUUCUGCCCAAUAAGUCACAGGGGUUCUGGCAUCCCUCGAGGCUCGCCGGGCCAACCAGUCCUCCGUCGGCGCAGAGAUAUCGACAGGCUGACGUUGUGGACUCACAUGGGCAAGAUGGAUAGGCGAUAAAUAAGACAUCGGCUUCAGAGGUACACGUUGAUUUCGUAAUGACAAGCUGCUGUGCAGAAGAUGUCCACGCUGUCUGUGACUGAUAUCCCAGAUGUUGGUCAUGAUGAGAGUAAGGUGUUUGGAGGGGCCUCUGAGCUGCAGCUGGACUGCAUGGUUGAGGAGAGUCGUGGCGGCGCCGCAAUGAAGCACGAAGGCCUGCUGUCCCUGACUGACCUCUCCCAGCCGGAUGACUUCCCCGUCCCCCCCCACAACGGACCUCCGCUGCCCGAGAUGAGCAGCCCUCUGCCGGUGGAGCCCGGCGACAUCAAGCUGGAUCCAGCUGCAGGAGACACAUCUGCCAGCACAGACGGUCAGCCGGUGAAGAGAAAGAAGGGCCCCGCUCCCAAGAUGCUGGGCAACGAGGUGUGCAGCGUUUGCGGCGACAAGGCCUCCGGUUUCCACUACAACGUGCUGAGCUGCGAAGGCUGCAAGGGCUUCUUCCGGCGCAGCGUCAUCAAGAGCGCCCAGUACUCCUGCAAGAACAACGGCCGCUGCGAAAUGGACAUGUACAUGCGCCGCAAGUGCCAGCAGUGCCGCCUGCGCAAGUGUCGGGAGGCCGGCAUGCUGGAGCAGUGUGUCCUCUCUGAGGAGCAAAUCCGGCUGAAAAAGCUGAAGAAGCAGCAGGAGGAGGAAACGGCUCGUACGUCCGCCGUGGUCACGCCCACGCCUCCGCCGGAAACCGCCACGCUGGACCCGCAGCAGCAGGAGAUGAUCGAGAAGCUGGUGGCCAUGCAGAAGCAAUGCAACAAGAGGUCCUUCCUGGACCGACCCAAAGUGACGCCGUGGCCGCAGAGUCAGGACUUGCAGAACCGAGAAGUGCGUCAGCAGCGGUUCGCCCACUUCACUGAGCUGGCAAUCAUGUCAGUCCAAGAGAUUGUGGAUUUUGCUAAGCAGCUUCCAGGUUUCCUCGAACUCACAAGAGAAGAUCAGAUUGCUCUGCUGAAGACGUCCACCAUCGAGAUCAUGCUGCUGGAGACGUCCCGGCGGUACAACCCCGCCAUCGACAGCAUCACAUUUCUGAAGGACUUCAGCUACAACAAGGAGGACUUCGCCAAAGCAGGGCUCCAGUUUGAGUUCAUUAACCCCAUCUUCGAGUUUUCAAAAGGAAUGAACGACCUGCACCUGGAUGAGGCCGAAUACGCUCUGCUCAUCGCCAUCAACAUCUUCUCUGCAGAUCGGCCCAAUGUGCAGGACCACGACCUGGUGGAGCGGCUGCAGCAGCCCUACGUGGACGCCCUGCGCUCCUACAUCAUGAUAAAGAGACCAAAUGAUCACUUAAUGUUCCCUCGUAUGCUGAUGAAGCUGGUGAGCCUCCGUACACUAAGUAGCGUCCACUCGGAGCAGGUUUUCGCCCUUCGCCUCCAGGACAAGAAGCUUCCCCCGCUGCUGUCCGAAAUCUGGGACGUCAACGAGUGACGUCACACUCCGAGAGACGGACUCGCAUCCGGUGGCGGCGCCGAAUCCUCUGGCCAGGGAUCGGCUGCAGCGUAGAGAUUCCCCUCCUCCUCCUUCAGCUUCUUCCCGUCGGAGGAACAGACUGCUUUACCGGCUUCACGUUCACGCGGAGAGACGCUUCUUUGAAUCUUUUUCCCUUCAGUGUAGAUGCUGACAUGAUUGUGGCAAGUACCAGCAUCCGGCUCUCCGGCCCGUUUCUCUCUGAUUCUGUCGAAAGUUCUGUCAAUCUCUAGUGCGGUUUGUGCUCUUUAACACUUAUAAUCAGGAAGCACUCGGUCGCACGUUGGGCGACCAGACGGGAGCGGAAUCCGCCGUCGGCUUCCCUGACGUUAGCUUAAAACUGUAGAUCAUCUGGUCGUGAUGUGGCAACAAAAUAGUUCCAGAAACGGUCGGCGUAGUCGCUCAGGUAACGUAAUGUGAAGUCAGAGCUCUGGGGCACCGGAUGCUUCUGUCGUUUCUCUUAGAUCGCUUCAGUUCGCUUCCAGACCGUCGUUUUUUUGGUCAUUUCUAGACGCCCAUUAGCUUUGGUUGUAAAUUGUGUAUUUAUUUUCACGCGGGAAAAUGUAUAGAGCGCACACACACACACACACACACGAGACUGUACAAUCACACACUAACGCACAAGCGGCCCAAACUCACAGGAUCACAUCCGGUCUCACGCAGGUACCGUAAAGCAGGAGGCGCCACCGGAAAACCAAACCACAAUCUGUUCACAUGAGUGAAGCCUCAUUCUGACGAAUCGGAAACAGAACUAUUCACGCCGCAGUCGUACUUUUACUCAUUUGUUUGCGAAGCAGUAAAACUUUCUUUGUUUUUUUUUUUGUUGUUUUUUUUUAAAUCUGUGAUCCGUCACUAGCGUUUAAAUGUGUGAGAAAAAUGCAAAUGCAGAAUAGUUUGAAGCAGGUUAUAGAGAAUUUCGCAACGUUUUAUUUUUGAUAACACGCCGUACGAACGAUACGGAGGAUUAAAAAAAAAAAGAAAAUCUAGUUAGAAAACUAACUAAAGGUCUAUUCUAGUCCCGAGUAUCUUCCUUUAACAGGUGCUCGACAUCAACAGCUUUAACUGGUCGGAUUUUGGGGGAAUAAGAACCAAAAUCGCCGCUAACGGGGAGCAGAGAACAACGGUAGAUGACUGAAGACUGUCCACUCACGGUCGUUCAUUCUCUGCUCCUGUCGGGCUGAAAACUGGACGUUCACCUCAUUCCACAACCCGACACGGUUUCAUCCAUUUCAGCUUCGGACUGCUGCUUUAUUGUUCAAGCUUCUUCUGUUGUUCAGCGUCUCUCGUGUACGUUUCUGUGGGUUUUGAUUAAUAAAACUGCAUUCAAGAGUUCAACAUGUUACAGCUAAAAUGGGACGUCGGUUCUGGUGGAGCGCAUUUCAGACUGAGUUUAAAUUUGAGUUUUUUGGGGGGUUUUUUUGUAAUUUUUGGAAAGUUUUAAGUAAACUGGACCUUGUCUUUUUUUUUUUUAAACCCAACUGUCUAAACCAACAUUUCUGUUUCAUAAGGUUUCUGUUGAAUCGCCUGUUUUGGUUUUCCCACAAUGUUGAAUAAAUCCAAGUUUGCAACAUAAAAGAAAACUAAUUUACUGUUUUAGAUCAACUAUUUCAGGUGUAAACAUUAAUUUAAAGGGUAAUAAUAUUGCAUCAACUUAAUGUUUUGCACAAUUUAAACUAACUUACUUGAUUUAAAACUAAAUUGAAGUUGCAGUAACUUCAUGAAAUUGACUUUUUCUCCACCUUGACUUUGUUCAUCUUUACAUGCCAGGAAAGAAAACAGCCUUUAAUUAAAGAGGAAAAGCUGAUUUUUCCUCAAUGUAAUGUAGUUUGUUGGUUGAACUUAAUUUAAAGUUGUCUUAACUCGAUACGAUCGACGCCCACACUUUAUUUUUUAAAGCACAGAUGGUCAGAUUUUGUUUUUUCACUGAAGAAAAGGCACAAAAAACAACUGGUGAUGUCGUUAUGUCCAUUUUGUGCUUUUCUGACUGUGUUAAAAUGUCAGAAAAUUCCAGUUCUCACUCAUAAAACUCCAAAAAGGGGAAAAAAUCACAACUUGGUGGAUGAACCGCCUACUUUUUAUUUGACAUUCAGUUAUUUUAUGAUAAAUAAAAUAGAUUUUUGUGUGUUGUUAGGCUGAUUAAAUGAUCUAAGGAUGCAUCUAAAGAGUUCAAAACACACUGAGAUUAAAAACUGGAUGUUUUUCUUGCACAGAAACCGUUUUCCUUCCUUUUUUUAUGUCCUUCCACUCAAAGCAAAGUGCGGUUACACGAGACAACACAAGCCCAUUUUAUAGCUGCGUUAUGUUGAUACUUGAAACUGAAUAAACUGAUUUCUUUUCUUUUUUUAAAUCCAGCACAUAAAGACGCUGCUUCUUCUGACCACGUAUUGUAUCGAACCUUUUGCCUUCCUGCUUAAAAACAAAUCUGAUUUAUUACCGCUUGUAGCACAUUGUUCUUCUGAUUUUCUGACAUGCUCAUCACCCUUCAGCGACGUAUUUAACGGUUCUAUUUGAGUGUGAAACUAUACCACUGAGUUGUUGUUUUUUUAAAUCAGUUUUCUCUGCAGAAACUUUCUUUCGGGUCCCGUUGCAAUGAAACGAGAUGUGAGGUUUUAAGUUGUUUUUUUCUUUUGGUUUGAUGCUUGUUGGGAAUCUGUUCAUAAAAAUAAACUUCCGUAACACUGCAGUGAGUUUUGCAGCCGGUCGAAUCAGCUGACGGAGGAAGUUUUUAAUGAAAUCACGGCGCCGCUCUCUAAUCGAAUCGAAAGACGACAUCCGCUGUCGGCUCUGAAAGUUUUCUUCUGUGUACAUGUUCUGUUAACGCUGUAGGUAUUAACUGUACUGUAUAUACUGUUAAUUGUCAUCUCUGAUCUCGUUUAAUUCCCGUCUUCAAGCGGUGACACUGUAAACAUUAUUGAUAUAUAGAAAUGCAAACCUAUUUUAAUACUUGUAACUCCUGGAGAACCUUCUGUUUUGUAUGUACAGUAUGAAUUAAAGCUCUGCUGUAGUGCUGA